CUCUCUCUUUCUCUCUCUCUCUCCCCCUCUCCUCCCCUCUCUCUCUCCCUCCCUCUCUCCCUCUCUUUCUCCCUCUCCCUGUCCCUCUCCCUCUUUUCUCACCUCUCCAUUUCUGUCUCCUCUCCUUAAGCAGAGCCUACAGGACAGCAACACCAACACCUCUUGACAUGGAAAUACACUGAUACAAUAGGCAAAAAAGAAACACUCGAUUGCAUCUCCCUGGUUCCAGGUAGCCUUAUUUGGGCGAUUCAUUUCUGACCCUAUUACUGUGAUGGAGGAUUCCAGCAUCCAGCGAGGUAUUCUGGAUGGAGAUGCCAAGGCUGUCCAACAAUGUCUGACAGAUAUUUUUACCAGCGUUUAUACAACCUGUGAUAUCCCUGAGAAUGCUAUAUUCGGCCCCUGCAUCCUGAGCCACACUUCUCUGUAUGACAGUAUAGCUUUCAUUGCUCUAAAGUCCACAGACAAGAGAACAGUCCCUUAUAUCUUCCGGGUGGACACUUCAGCGGCAAAUGGUUCCUCGGAAGGUCUCAUGUGGCUGCGCCUGGUCCAGUCAGCCAGAGAUAAAGAAGAACAGAAUCUUGAAGCCUAUAUAAAAAACGGACAGCUCUUUUACCGCUCCCUCCGCAGGAUUGCCAAAGACGAGGAGUUGCUUGUUUGGUACGGGAAAGAACUGACCGAGUUACUCUUGCUCUGUCCCUCUAGAUCCCACAGCAAAAUAAAUGGAUCGUCCCCUUACACAUGCCUGGAAUGCAGCCAGCGUUUCCAAUUCGAGUUUCCCUAUGUAGCGCAUCUGCGCUUCCGCUGCCCCAAGAGGCUGCACAGCGCUGAUAUGAGCCCCCAAGACCAGCAAGGUGGCGGCGUAGGUACCAAGGACCACGGGGGCGGCGGCCGCAAAGACCAGCAGCAGCAACAGGAGGCACCCUUGGGUCAGGGCCCCAACUUUUGCAAAGCUGGCCCCAUUCACCACUACCCAGCCCUUUCUCCCGAGAGCAGCAACCCACCCACAGCCGGCAGUGGCGGCGGCGGCAGUAGCGGCACGAAACCAUCCACGGACUUUCACAAUCUGGCUCGGGAGCUGGAAAACUCCCGGGGAGGCAGCAGCUGCUCCCCAGCCCGCAGCCUUGGCAGUUGCAGCAACGGCAUCGGCCACCAGGAGGCGGAGCUGAGUCCCGACGGCAACACCACGGGCGGCGCCAAAGGGAAGAGGAGAUUCCCGGAGGAGGCGAUGGAGGGCAGCGGUGGUGCAGGGCUGUUGGGGUCCCGAGGCCGCUUCGCCGAGCGGCCUCUACCGGCCUCCAAAGAGGACCUGGUAUGCACGCCGCAGCAGUACCGCACAGCGGGCAGCUAUUUCGGCCUUGAAGAGAAUGGUCGCCUGUUCGCGCCGCCCAGCCCAGAGACUGGCGAGGCAAAGCGCAGCGCCUUCGUGGAAGUGAAGAAGGCGGCCCGCGCGGCCAGCCUGCAGGAGGAGGCGGCAGCCGACGGCGGGGGUGCGGUCGUCGAGGACCAGGACGCGGGCGGCGGCGGUAGCUCCUCCACGCCUGCGGCCGCAUCGCCGGCAGGCGCUGAGAAGCUGCUGGCCCCGCGGCCGGGCCCCCCCCUACCCAGCCGACUAGAGGGCGGCAGCCCGGCGCGGGGCAGCGCCUUCACUUCGGUGCCGCAGUUAGGCGGUGCGGGCGGCUCCGGCGCGGGGGGCGGCGCGGGCGGCGGGGCGGCGGGCAGCGCGGGCGGCGGGCAAGGGGCAGUGUCCGACGAUCGCAAAAGCGCUUUCUCGCAGCCGGCUCGUUCUUUCUCGCAGCUGUCCCCGCUGGUGCUGGGCCAGAAGCUCGGCGCGCUCGAGCCUUGCCACUCCGGCGACGGCGUGGGCCCCACCAGACUCUAUCCUGCCGCCGGCGACCCUCUGGCUGUGAAGCUGCAGGGGGCCGCGGACCUGAACGCGGGUUGCGGGGCCCUGCCUGGCGGCGCCGGCGGCAACGGCCUAUCCAAACAGAGCCCCUUCCUCUACGCCACCACUUUCUGGCCCAAGAGCUCGGCGGCGGCGGCGGCGGCGGCGGCGGCUGCGGGGCCCUUGCAGCUGCAGCUGCCCUCGGCACUCACGCUGCUGCCGCCCUCCUUCACCUCGCUGUGUCUGCCCGCGCAGAACUGGUGCGCCAAGUGCAACGCCUCCUUUCGCAUGACCUCCGACCUUGUGUACCACAUGAGGUCGCACCACAAAAAGGAGUACGCCAUGGAGCCCUUGGUGAAACGGCGGCGAGAGGAAAAACUCAAGUGCCCCAUUUGCAACGAGUCGUUCAGGGAGCGCCACCACCUUUCCAGGCACAUGACCUCGCAUAACUGACGCGGAAAGGACCCCGACUUUCCACGCGCGCACACGCACAGUCAAGCCGCCUGCAGGAACGAGCAGACGAAGACAUUCACCAUCUUGCGCCCCAAAACACUGCACCCAGACACAUUAUCUCUCUCCCUCUCUCGCCCCACCCUCGCACGCACGUACACACACGAACGCACGAUCAUGAGAAGAGCCUUCUCAUUUAAAUGUUUAGUGCGACACACACACACACGCACGCACACACCCGAGACAGGAUGGUGGAAUUUUGACUGGGCGGGUUGUUUGGUGGAUUUUCCUUUGAAUGCACUCAUUUUCACUUUCCCCAAAACAAAGGUACAUUUUUAAAAAUGUCAUAUAUUGCAACAUAUUGAUGCAUUUGUCAUACGUUUCUACUUAAAUUAUUAAGCACUUACGGUUUAGAUGUAAUAAUUAUAUGUAAGGGCAAAAUUUAUUUUAGAUAUAAAGUAAAGGAAGAGGGUGAGAUGCUUCCUGCAUUUCUUGAUGACAGUUUGUGUUCUUAUAAACAAAAACAAAAUGGAUAAAAGGGGUCGCAAUUCAAUUUAAGUUUUCAGGGGGAAGUGCAUGUAUCAUGAAAUGAUUAUGGACUUCAAUGAAGAAUGUCAUCGAUUAUGUAAAUAAGUAUUUCCUUUUAAUACAAAGUGUAAUUUUGUGUCAGUGAAAUGGAGUCUGAAUAGUUAUGUGUUUCUUUUUUUCCUUGAAAGAUUUAUUAAACUUUAUAGUUUAUCCGGGUAUGCUGGAUGCUUUGACAAUAAAUGACUAUUUUCUUCAAAGCAA